AUGAAGGCCUUUGGUACUGAAGACUUGGCCAAGGAACUUAAGAAAUUGGAUAUUGGUGAGGGGGCCCUACCAGUUCAAAGAAGUUUAGGAAUCAGCUGGAAUUUAGAUACAGACUCGUUCUUGUUCUACCCAUCAUCUGAGGUGAAACCGGCCAAGAGACGAGGAGUACUUUCCACUGUCAAUAGCAUCUUUGACCCUCUCGGAUUUGUAGCACCAAUUACUGUACAGGGUAAGCUGUUCCUUAGAUCACUCAUACGUAGUUCCAUUGACUGGGACUCACCAUUGACAGAUGAGCAAGUCACCUGGUGGAAUGAAUGGAGACAAUCACUGGGCUUACUUACAGAGCUGAAAAUACCUCGAGUCUACACAAGUAUGUCCUUUGCGAGCUGUGAUUCAAAGGAGGUCCACAUGUAUUGUGAUGCAUCCGAGCAUGGUAUAGCAGCUGUAGGCUACCUACUAGCUAGGAGAGAAGACCAGAAAGAGCUGGGAUUUAUACUUGGAAAGGCGAAAGUGGCUCCCUCGCAUGGCCACACAAUACCCCGCCUCGAACUCUGUGCAGCCGUCCUAUCAACUGAAAUUGCGCAAUACAUAUCUGAACAAUUAGACAUUGACUUAAGCAAGUUCUUGUUUCAUUCGGACAGUAAGGUAGUUCUCGGCUACAUAACUAACCAAUCACGGAGGUUCUACACAUAUGUGAGCAACAGAGUGGCACGUAUACGACAAGUCACCUCACCAAACCAGUGGAAGUAUGUAUCCACAAAUAACAACCCUGCAGAUGUGGCUACACGUCCAAUGAAUGUAGCAGACUUGAAGGAUAGUAUGUGGCUAAAUGGACCCCCCUACCUUUCACCCUGCAGUGAUUCUUCAGAAGAGAUUCUUUAUGAAUUGCAGAACCCUGACUCGGACAAGGAGAUUAGACCAUUUGUAACAUGUAUGAAAACUACUCAGGUUACAACAAACCUAUCACUCGGCUCACACAGGUUUUCAGAGUUCUCAGAUUGGAAGAAACUCAUUGAGUCCAUUGCGAGAUUGAAACAUGUGGCGCAGAGUUUCAAUGGACUAGGACCUUGUACAGGUUGGCAUUCCUGUAAACUCAUGAAAUCAGUCCCAUCUUACAAAGAAACAGAAAAAUUUGUGCUCAAAGUUGUGCAAAGAGAAUCUUAUCAAGAAGAAAUCAACAGUAUUCAAGAGAAAAACAUUGUUCCCUUGGACAGCUCUUUGAGAAAAUUAGACCCAUAUAUGGACUUAGAUGGUGUGCUAAGAGUCGGUGGUAGAUUAAAUAGAGGAGACCUAUAUCAAGACGACAAGAACCCUAUUAUUGUCCCUUCUCGACACCAUGUGGCCAAACUUAUCGUCGAAUACUAUCACAGGAGGUCAAGACACCAAGGCCGACACAUAACUGGUGGCGCAGUGCGUUCUGCAGGAUUUUGGAUCGUUGGCAGCAAGCGACUCAUCUCGUCAAUUUUGUACAAGUGUGUCAUAUGUCGGAAACUACGUAGAGGUGUUGAGAACCAAAAAAUGGCUGAUCUACCCAUAGACCGCACUCAACCAGGUCCGCCCUUUACAUACGUGGGCCUCGAUGCCUUUGGACCCUGGAACAUAGUCACCAGACGAACUCGUGGGGGAGUUACAAAUUCCAAGAGAUGGGCCAUACUGUUUACCUGUUUGACCACUAGAGGUGUGCACAUAGAGGUCAUUGAGGAGAUGAGUGCCUCCUCCUUCAUCAAUGCUUAUAGAAGAUUUGUCGCACUUAGAGGUCCUGUAAAACAGAUAAGGUCAGACAGGGGCACAAACUUUGUUGGUUCAACCAGCGACCUCAACAUCAACACCAUUAGCGUUGAAGAUGGACCAGUGAAAUCUGCCCUGUAUGAUAAUGGCACCACCUGGAUUUUCAACCCUUCUCACUCAUCACACAUGGGUGGGGUUUGGGAGCGUUUAAUCGGCGUCGCCCGACGCAUCCUUGACUCUAUGUUGUUGAAGAGUUCUAUGGUCAAGGGACAUUUAACUCAUGAAGUACUUGUGACUUUCCUUGCUGAGGUUACCGCGAUUAUGAACUCACGCCCACUCACAACAAUGUCAACAGAUCCUGAUGACCCUUACCCACUCAGUCCGUCACUCCUGAUCACCCAGAAACCGGAUGUCUUGGUAUCACCAUUGGAUAUUGCAUUCGACUCCAAAGACAUGUACCGUUCACAGUGGAAAAGAGUACGACACCUGGCCGAUGUCUUCUGGAGUAAGUGGAAAGCACAGUACCUUCAGUCCCUUCAAGAACGAAGGAAGUGGCAAAAGGAGCAGAGGAAUGUUUCAGUUGGUGAUGUUGUGUUGAUGGUUGACAAACAAGCACCGCGUAUUCAGUGGCCUUUGGGCAAAGUUGUGAAAACCUUUCCAAGUGAGGACAACAAAGUGCACAAAGCAGAGAUUCGCAUUUCAAGAGAUGGCAAGACAUCUACGUUUAUUCGUCCAGUUUCAGAGUUUGUGUUAUUGAUUGAGAACAGUGAAGUGUGA